AUAUUAUUAUUUAUUUAUAAAAAAAUUGUUAAAUAGGUACAAUUUGUUGUUAAAAAUGAUGAAAAAUUUGAAAAAUGUGGCGUCACAAAAUUUAUUGUUGCCCAACCGUCUAAUAAAACCAUCAAAGAAACAAAGCAAGACGGAAGAAAAUGACUGGUUAUUAGUUGCUACAAAUUGGUAUUUUUGGAUUUAUACAUGGACAUUAAUGGUAGUUGCAAUUAUUGGCUUAGGCGCCACUAUUAUGCUAAUGGUCGUCUUACGAUUCACUACUAGGAUGGAGAGUAUAGAGUUUUUAACUGAUAGCGAGCUGACUAAACUUAUGGGCAAUAUAGAUUUAGACGAUAUAUAUAAAGUUGAUGGCAUUAUGGAAGGGUUUAAAGAUAUACCAUUAGAAAUGGUGAGUGAAAAUGACAAUAUACUUUUACAUGUUGUCAACCCAGAAGAUAAAAGUUUGGAAUCUGCUAUAGAACUUGGAUUUACUAAGACACAAGUUAAAAACAUUAAUUCAUUCACAGUGGGAGAUCCAGAAAAUCCUAUUUUUACCACAUCAUUUCCAAAUUUUGGACUUCCAGAAGGUGUCCGUCACUUAGAUGUAACCACAGUAUACACUAAUCGGAUAGUAAGUCCAAUAAACGAAACUCUAACAUUGAAAUCUUCAAAUUAUACUCGGCUGAAAGGUAAUGAAGGAACUACCAUUGAUGGAUCUAAAAUAAAAUGGUCAGCCGAAGGAGAUAUAUUUCUCAGAUCGGUAAAUGGUACAGUAGUACUGAGUUCUGCGGGUAUUUACUUGGAUGUACAAAAUUUACCGGUAGUACUGUCAAACAAAUUUGCUGCUCAUCAAUAUAAACUAUGCAUAUGUAUGCCGAGUGGAAUGGUAUUCAGAGUCCCAGUGUCAACAAGCUACAAUUCUUACAUGGCUUGCAGUAUGAUUGAUCUAGGAGAGAGCAAUCAUCCAUGCAAAUAAAAUGUUUAUUCUGGUAUUAUACACUAUAGACGGAAUCAUCAAUUAAACUCUAAGUGUAUUAUAAAAAA